AUGCGCCCAUCACCCGCAAGAAACCUCGUCCCCGGCGCGGAGCCUGCUGUUGACGUGGCCCGCAUUCUAGACGAGGCGCAGAUCCCCCAUUUUCUCUGGGGUCGAGUGGCUUUGGGCCUGGUUGGACUGUAUUUUCCACAGCGGAGAGGAAGCGAAAUAUUCGAACUGACCGUGAAAGAAGAAAUCGACUUCGUCGUUGAAGACGAGCAUAUCAAGCUCACCACCAAACAGCUGACUAGGGCCAAUUUCACCCGCUGCAAAGACGAGUGUAUGGGCUUGCGGUGUGACCGACAGCGCCCAGUACCUGAGGUACAUUUCCACCUGGGGUCGAAAUACCGGCAAUGUAGCUUCCUCUCCCUCCUGCCCAAGUCCACCACGCUUUGGUGGCUCCCGAACUUCCCACUCGACGCCCCAGCCGCAGAUGACCUGAAUCUAACGGUGAUUAGCCAUUCCAGGCUGCCCCCUCGCGCACUGUUCGGCUGCAUAAGCCCGUGGGCGGAUUUAUAUCCGAUUAAGAUCCUCAAUCCAAACUCGUUUACCGAGGGUAUGAUCCUCCUUGGUUGUCGUGAUGAUGGUCAGCGGAAUGGUUUAUUCGUAUGCCGGGAGAAAAUACUCUUGGCUCUUUCAGAGGAACAAGAUAUCCCCGGCAUUACCGUCAAGAAAAACCCUCGUCCGCGAUUCCAGCAUUUCUGGAAGGAGGGUAAUAGAUAUGGGCCGCAAGGGGUCAAUAUAGGGGAACUAAUGGCCAGGCUUCGAUUGGAGUUGAUGAGGGCCAAUGAGUUUCCUACGCCGCCAGAAUAUAAUGCGUUUGAGGAGUUUGAGCUGGAUGAGUGGGAAAGGGAUAAGAAGAGAGCAUUGGAGGAGAAGAAGAGAAUUGUCGGGGUGGCUCUGAAGUACCAGAUGAAGCAAGACGAACUCCUGAGGAGUAAGAGGAGAAGCAGCAGCAACAAGAAGUCAAGGACGGCUAAAAUGUCAAGAGGCUGA